GCGGGAUUUAACUUGUUUGGUUCUCCGCAAUCGGCGGCAGAAUUUUUUUCUAUUGACGAGCGAUAAUCUUAUCUAUACAUCACUCCAACCAUAAAUCUCCGGCAGAUGCAGAACCGCUGAAUCUUUUUCAUUUUCGAGGGAAAAAAGAUGAUUCAGGUGCCCGGAGCUGGGGGCGAUGAAGCCCAUGACCGACACAAGGAUGAGGCUUUGGAGGUGGUCAAUAGUGAAGAGGCGUUGGAGAUCGACCCCGCGGUGGAGCGACGGGUCUUGCGCAAGAUUGACCUGUUCUUCAUGCCUGCGAUGUUGGUUGGCUAUGGGUUUGUUUACUGGGAUAAGGCUAUCCUCGGUAGUGCCUCAUUAUUCGGCAUGACCAGCGACUUGGCCCUUUCGGUAGUGGACUAUAGCACCACACCCCCGACCAAGAACACCUCGCGACUGAGCUGGGCCACGUCCAUCUUCUACUUCGGCAUGAUGGCCGGUCUGUACCCGAUGACUCUGGUGCUGCAGCGGUUCAAGAUCCAGCAUGUCUUGGGUCCGAUUGUCAUGCUGUGGGCCAUUACCUGCGCGGCUACUGCUGGUGUCACUUCGUGGCGGGGCCUAUUCGUCCAGCGCUUCUUUCUCGGCUUCGUUGAAAGCGUGAUCCCCACCGGGUUCAUGACCGUGAUCAGCGGGUACUACACGCAGAAGGAGCAAACCCUGCGCCAGGCGAUCUGGUUCUCCGGGACCGGGUGGUUCACCAUCAUCGGUGGGGCGCUCAACUACGCCUUCGGUCAGAUUACCACAGGCGCGCUCCGGCCGUGGCAAUACAUCUACAUCUUCGCGGGAGUCCUCACCUUCCUCUUUGGGAUCUGGUGCUGCAUUCUGCCCAACUCCCCCGUGUCCGCCUGGUUUCUGACCCCCGAGGAGCGGGUGGUCGCCGUGGAGCGCCUGCGACGCGGCCAGACGGGCGUGCGAUGCCAGACGAUCAAGAUGUCGCAGAUAGUGGAAGCAUUCACCGAUGUAAAGGUGUAUUUGAUUGCUAUCAUGAUGGCUGCUGCCUACACAAUCAACGGCGCCAUCUCGGGCUUCGGCCCUCUGAUCGUCUCCACCUUCGGCUACAACACGCUCGCCUCGAUCUUGUUCCAAUUCCCCGUGGGCGCCAUCUGCAUCGUCUUCAUCCCGCUGGUCGGCUACAUCCCCACCGUCCUCCCCAACACCCGCAUUCUGCUGCUGGUGACCUGCUGCCUCCCCGUCAUCGCCGGCUGCGUCAUGAUCUGGAAAUCCAGCUGGGGAUACCAUCCCGCCACGCCGGUAGUCGGCUACGCGCUGACGGGCUUUUUCGGCCCGGUAGUCAGUCUGAUUAUCACGCUGGGUGCGAGCAACGUCGCCGGCGCCACCAAGAAGACCAUCAUGGCCGCCACGGUGUUCGUGGCCUACGCCGUGGGCAACAUCAUCGGCCCGCAGCUGAUCAAGUCCGAGACCGUCGGGCAGCACUACCCCGAGCUGUGGACGGGGAUGGUUAUCUGUUACUGUAUUGUGAUUGCGGCUGCCGGGGCGCUUUGGGUGGUUCUCUGGCGGGAGAAUCGGAAGAGAGACGCGGCCGGGCUGGAUGAAGAGCUGCGGGAUAAGUUGGGGUUCCAGGAUCUCACGGAUCGGGAGAAUGGGUGGUUCCGGUAUGUGCUUUAGUUGGAUGGUAUGUGGUGGGAUUGAUAGUGUUGGUUCUGGCUGGUUCACACGAUUUCUUCGGCGAAACCAUGGAAUUGUUAGGGUAGUCUUUGGAA